AUGGAGUUGGCUUUGGAGAUGGAGAUCGAUUCCCCACCACAAUCGCUGGCUGAAAAGUUUGAGAAAACCCUAAGAAUAGAAGAUGAUGAUUAUGUCUUCGUUGAGAAGGAAGAAGAAUCAUCAUCAUCGUCAUCUUCAUCAGAAGAAGAAGAAUCUUCAAAAGAAGAACCACCACAACAACAAAAACCAAAACAAGAACGAGUACCACGCGGUUACAAUCCCGCUUCUGUUGAGCAAGAAGAACGACCCAAACAACUCUGCUUUGAGAUAACCGACGAGGUCGCCAAGGAUUUCAUCCACCAACUCCACGAGAAUCGGUUUGGCGAGUUUCCAUGGCCACCUGAUCUUAAUUGCCCACUGUACCAAUUUGGAUAUAUUUCUCGGUUCACAAUAGAGUUGAAGCCUGAAGAUGUGGAAUCUAUGGUGGCGAAGUAUUCGAUAAAAUCGACGCCUGAAGAAGUGAAACGUGCUAAGCGAUUUCUAGAGCAACUCUGGAGCAGCUGGGGUUAUGAUCUCGAUUGCAUUCCUCCUCAUUGGUUGGGCUCUGCAGUUUUCCCCAUAGAGUUGCAGCAGGAAGCAGCUCAGGCAAAGGAGGCAAAGGAAGCAGCUAAGGCAAAGGCAAAGGUAGCAGCUAAGGCAAAGGAAGCAGCUCGUUGGGCAAUAAGCAAAGUCAAUAAAGUGGCUGGGGACAUAGGCAAAAAUGACAUGAUGUUGGAGCUUAAGAGCCUGGACAAGGCUGUGAGGGGCCUCUUCACCGUGUAUCUUGUGAGCUUUACGGUGAAGGAUGUUUUGGGAGAUGCCACAAAAAAAGUGAGGGCAACGGUUGGGUUUGCACCGUCAGCUCCAGCUCCCAUGCUGAUGGAGUGCAAGCUUGUGCCUUAGUUGACUGUCCUACUACACUAGUACUCGAUGACUCCACUUAGCAUUUUUAAUUAUUUUGUUUGGUUCUCAGACAGUUUUGACUUUUUUAUGUUCUUCCAUGACCCAUUUGACAAGAUCAUCAUCUCAUAUGUAUUGCUGGUUAGGGUGUCUGCUCAUUUUCCUCUCCCGUUGAACUUAUGAAUUAUGAGCAGUGGCAAUCUGAACAUGACUGAAUGUAGAAGAUUCCUACCUGGCAUAAGUUGUACCGCCACCAUGGAUAUCUCCCGGGACCUAUAGUAUAAGCAUUUGAUAGGAACCACUAAAUUUUCAAAAAUCAACUACAUGAGCAUGUAAUGUGUCAAGAGUUUAUAGCGGCUUAGUUCUUCUUUCCUGAAAAUAAAACAAUAGAAAGUACGUUAGUUAUGGAUUAGUGUGCUGAUACCGUUUGUAAUGUGUCGAAGCAAUGACUGAUACCAUUUGUUGGAUUUGGUGAAGAAUGUCGAUGAUUGUGUGCCGAACGGAAUCGAGAAUCUAAGAAAAGAAUCUUACAAGUAGUGGAUCUAAAGUUAUGAUUCGAAUCUUACGGAUUAAAGACGAUUUAUACGGUCUACGGGACCCACGAACAGGUUUACUUCAGGAUCUUAUGUUGUACUCC